AUGAUUAGCACAUGGGGGGUCUUGUUACAAAGAAGGAAAGGCACGCACUUCCACAAUCCAACACGCACUUCCACAAUUCAACGGCAUCCAAAACAACAGGAACACAAGACAAGUGAGUUCUCUUUAAAAGUAUCUUGAGAUGUUUGCUCUUGCUUUUGUCCUCUGGAAUCUUUCCAAAUUCCUGUUAACAGACCAUUCAGAAUCAGCGGUGCAUUUGCUCAGAGCCUGAUCUUGAUAAGGGAUGCUAUCAUUCUUGUGUGAAUACCAAUUCGAUUUAACGCUCUCGAAGCAGAAUGUUAUCAGAACCAGACCUGGCUUUUGCACCAGGAACGACACAUGGGGCAUACCUGUGACAACUGUGACUUGGGUUCAGAGCACCUCACAGGGUCACAAACACAAAUUCUUCAGCAAGAAGGUAUUAACAAAAUCCUGCAAUAUUCAGCGGUAUGUUACCCCAGUUUUAUUGUUGGAAUCUUUACAUUCAACCUUUAAGGUAGGUCAGUAUUAUCAUCUCCACAUUCAGAAAAGCCAACAAGCCUUUUAAAUGGAGAUCCCAGUAUGCAUCUGUACAGGAUACAAAAUUGUUUUUUAUAUAUGAAAUUGUUUCAAAUUGUUUUUCUAUAUGGAGUUGCUUUUACCUAUGGAAUUGUCUUUUAAUUGUUUUUUCUUGCUGAUUUUUUUCCAGUGUGAUUGCUUUGGCAUGUUUUACAGGAUAAAUAAGCAGAUAAAUAAAAUAUUGUGGAUGAGAGACUGACAGAUUUGCCUCUGUUGAGUUCAUGGCACAGCAACCAGGAACUCCUAGAUUUAUAGCUCAGUCAUUAUGCUGCACUGGCUCUUAAGACAAAUUAGCAGAACCAGGCACAGUACAAAAUUAUUUGAAUGUAUGUCCCCGGCUUAGGGACGUGGGUGGCGCUGUGGGUUAAACCACAGAGCCUAGGACUUGCCGAUCAGAAGGUCAGCGGUUCGAAUCCCCACGACGGAGUGAGCUCCCGUUGAUCGGUCCCUGCUCCUGCCAACCUAGCAGUUCGAAAGCACAUCAAAGUGCAAGUAGAUAAAUAGGUACCACUCUGGCGGCAAGGUAAACGGCGUUUCCGUGCGCUGCUCUGGUUCACCAGCAGCGGCUUAGUCAUGCUGGCCACAUGACCCGGAAGCUGUACACCGGCUCCCUCGGCCAAUAAAGCAAGAUGAGCACCGCAACGACUGGAUCUAAUGGUCAGGGGUCCCUUUACCUUUAUGUCCCCGGCUUACGAAUUUAGCCCCCCCCUUGCUCGCUCACUCUUUAGCUCCCUCCCUCCCCACCUCAGGUAGGUUCAGAGCUCCAAUUGCAAGCUCUUUCCAACAACCCAUAUAAUAUAAUGCAUUUAAAGCAUCCUUAUACCACUUUAACACUCAUUGCUUCUAUUAAAGAAUCAUGGGAACCAGAGUUUGUUAAGGGUGCUGAGAGUCAUUCAGAGAGCUCUUAAAGAGAUACAGUUCCAAGCACCUAACAAACUACAGUUCCCAGUACUCAUUGGCGGAAACCAUGACUGUUAAAGUGGCAUAAGAGUGAUUCAAAUGAAGCUGUGGGUGUGACCCACAUCUCUGAUUAAUUUCUUUCGCACCUGGAAGGGUUUUUUUAGCCAAGCAGCCCAGUAGCAUCUCUUUCAUAACCAUUCACAAGUGUCACAAUCCAGUCCAGACAUUUCCUGCUAAUUUCCUUAUCUAUGAUUGUCUCACCUCCUUUUGAAUAAAGGUGAAUUCAGGUGCUACUACAACUUACUACAUAAAUUGUAUGGUUCCUAUUAAUUUUAUAUGUUGAUUUUAUAGUUAUCACUUGUCUAUCUGCCAUUUUGAAGGCUCCACUUUGUGGAACAGGGAAGCCAAAUAUAAAUAUUGCAAUCAAUUGAUAAACAUGCAUGUAAAAGAAGGAAGGGCAAGACUCAAUGGCUACCAAAAGCAUGAAAAGCUUAGAGAAAAUGAGCUUGGUGGACAUGAGACAUCACUAAUGAAAACAUCAGCAGUUUCUAAGUAUUUGAAACAUACAGAAAACCUUUACAAGCUAUCAUUGAGAUGUAUAUCACACAUUAUCCCAAGAACAGUAAUGAAAAUGGAAAGUGAAUCCAUUUCAUUCAGAGAUUGUGUGAAAUGUGCAGAACUUAAACCAAGUCUGCACAGGAUUAGGAGUAUCCAAAUGAAAAGUGAAGAUUAAUAGUAAGGUGCUUCAAACAGAUUAGACGAAUGAGCUAUUCAACCAAGAAAACUCAAUUAAUGAAAUGCAAUAGACCUGGCCUAAAUGGCACAGUGUUAGUAAUGUUAGUAAGGAUAUCCUCUUGAUUUCCCACACAGACCAUUUGCCUUGUCUUCUUCUUCCUAAACUUACCACACUCCAAUUUCUUGCUUCAGCUGCCUACCUGCCCCUAAUCCCUACUCUCUUUGCUCCUUGCAAAAAGAAGAAGAAUAGAAAAUAGCAAAAACAUGCACAAUACAGAACUUAGAUUUGAGUGGGCAUACCCACAAACUUCCCAAAAGACAUGAACCCAUUUGGAUUAUCAAACUACCUGUGGAAGUUUGGUCAUCUGUACCAUCCUGCCAAUGGAAAGGAGUAUUUUUGCCACAUAUCUGAUAUGGACGUGUGGUAAAAUGACUGCCUGAAUAGGCUUCGAGUUUGGGUCUGUUGGUGCUGUGUUAUUCUUCCAAACUGCCACUGUUCCUCUCGGCGAAGAAGCUUGUGUCUGUUUCAAAGCUAAAUAUGCUGUUUUAUGACACAUCUCAUAAAGAGAUCUCCAGUUGAGAUACUGGAAAGCUGACAGCCUGUUGUUUAACCAUUCCCUAUACAACUCCAGACAUUCUUAUUCAGUUUUAAUCAGUGAUGUUAAAACGACCAUGUCCCAUGAGGUCUGUUCACUAAACAGCGUCUGUGUCUCUGGCUCCACGAAAAGCCCUGAUGCCAUUUUGUUUUCCUGAUGUUUUAUUCAUUCAUAAUGAGCCUAAUACGCACAUUAUGAUUCUUGGAGUCAUAGAUGUUCUCGCACGAAAUGGAAAUAAAAAAAUGCCUCUUUUAGAAGGUCUCCUUCCUACAUUUAAGAGAUCCCUGGGGAAUUAUGUUUACUCACACAAGACCCUGAAUGAAAAUAAAAUUUAAACCAAUUUGUGUACAACAAAACAACUAAUUACUGAAAAUUACAGGCUGGGGAAAUAGGUGGUGACUUGUUAUUGCAGAAUAAACACAUUCAAUGCUACUUCAGCUCCUUUGGCCCCUGUUCAGACCAUUUGCUCAGAAAGAAAAAUUACAGGACUUGGGUACAUGGGGAAAGUGAACAAUUUCACAUCUCUCCCCUCUCACUGAAGCAAAUGGAAACUUAGCAUUUGAUUGCCGUAGGUUCCAUUCUGGCCCAAGGCCCUCACAGCCAGCCUAUCUCAGACUCUUGAAGAGCUUGGCAGGUUGUACAUUUUCUGUGCUUUGUGUGUCCGAUUAAAAUUUCCCUUUCCCUUGAGUUAAAAUGAGAAUACCCCUAAACAUUUUUUUUAGAAUAAAGCACUGCUCUUGGGGGGAUGGGGUUGUAUUUCAUCCACAUGUCCCCUACAUUGGAAUUAGAAAACAUUUAAAAACGUGCUGAUUGCUUAAGCCUUUUGUAGUCAAAAUCAAACCACUUUUUUUUAAAAAAAUAAACAAUAAAGAACUCCUAUUCCCCAGUCCUCUCUCGACUAUACUUACCUAAAUCCCUCCCCUAAUCAAAGAUUGUGCUGAUCAAGAGGUAGAAACUAAAAUAAGAUGCCAGAGUAAUCAUGGAGGGGGUAGGCAGCUGCUGCAGCAAUUCUCAUAAAAAGAAAGUUUGUCGAGACAUCCUGGAACCAUUCUGACACUGCUAAUUGGUUAGUCUUCCAAGAGGAAGGCAAUCAACUUUUUAAAAACAAAAAACAAAAAAAAAUCAAUCCGUUUUAAUAGCUGGCAAGAUCCUUGUUAAUAAACUUUAGUAGAACACAGUGGCUGCGCUUUAUCUCAAAAACUAUAGCCCGCCAUGAAAAAGGCAUUUUUUUUGUGUCUCUUGUAUCCAUGUGAAAAAGAAAAUGUUUUAUCUGGCAUCCUCAGUGACAACCUAACAGGAACAUAUUGCCUUGGCAUGCCAUUGUUCCCAGGCUCCUCCUUUCCCUUCUCUCCAGCCAGCAGGAACCUCAUGUGAUCAAAGAGCGCAAUCCUUCUCCUGGAAGUCUAAGUUAGGAGCAGGACUGAGCAGCUGCCAAGAAAGUCAUGUCUGGCCUUCCAAAAACCCUGCCAGGCUGGGGGAAGGGAGGGUUCCCCAUCCCCUGCUUCCCUUUUUCUUUUUAACAAAUAAAAAGCUUUCCACACAUCUACAUCUUUCCUAGUGGUAUUUAGUUUGCAUGUUUCAAGCGUAGGCUUUAGCACCUCUCAAUAAUGCACAAUGCACCAUGACUUUUAUACACACCCAGAUUCCAGGAGUCUGGAGUAAGUUGUUCUGAAGAUGAGAAGGGAAGGGCUGGGGCAGAGGGCUGUGUGUGAGGAUAUCUAAGCCAAAUCAUGCGAACAAGAGGGAUUUUUGCUGUUUAUGUGGCAACCAAAAUCUCAAAUGAAAAACAAGGGACAGAGAAUAUUAGCUAUAUGAGGAAGCAUCUGUAAAUGAAGCAAGGCUGGCGAAGCACCCAUUGCAUCUGGCCAUUUAAUUCCAUACUGCUCGGUAUGGAAUUCUUAAUCUCAAAGAAACUUAACCCUUGUGAGGUGAAGCCGCUGAAGGCUGGUUCUUGAAAGCCUCAUACAGCUGGCUCAGUUCUCAAACGAAAGGAACUUAUGCCUCAGUGGCUGCCAACCUCCAGCUCUGAGGUUACCCAAGGGCCUGAACUUGCUCCAGCCACUAAUUUGUUCACAUGAUCCAGUGAUUUGAGAGCAAUGAGAAAAAUCAAAAGGCUGUUCAUCUUGGGACCAAGUUAGUGUUAAAACACAUUCAUUUUAAAUCCUCAGGGUUUCUCAUUUUUGUAACCUGGAGUUCAUACCUCUAUAGGGAAACAUGGGCUUUUUAUGCAUGUGUACAAGUGUUGCUGGUUGACUGUCACAUCAAGCGAUGGUUCUGUUUGUGCAAAUGAGUCACUGCAGCUGGACUGCUACAGCCGGAACAUUCGUAUUACACACUACCAAUGCAAACACGAUGCUUUUCAACAGGGCCACGCAUUCUGCUGAGAAACCUUUCAUAAAAAGCCAUUGAACAAUGGGGAAACAAAUGAGAUACACAGACAUGUUUCUAAGGCAAUGAAUUAGCCUCAAGGUGGGCCCUUGACCCAUAAUGUAAUCAGGGCAAGGAAAAAUGUAUAGAGGUGAAAGCAGGAUUGCAAAGAAAAGGUCCUGCCCCCAGUUCAGUAUAAAGGCCUGCAUGGAGCCCAUGUAGAUCCCAUUCUGUGCAUGUAGGGCUUUCUCUGUGCAAUCAGGAACCCAGGAAAAGCAAGUUUCACAAAGACAUAAAGUUCCUGCUAAUGUACAUUCCAGCAAACAACUGCCUUUCCCAAUGUGUUGUUUUAUUUGGACCAGGCUCCUCUGAAUCACAGAGUUUCCAUACACUCCCCCUUCCUUUGUAUGGAGGGACUGAAGCCCAUUACAACUGCUAACCAGCAGCAUUUUUUUCUCUGUUUUGUUCCAGCAAACAAAGCAGUACAACUCCAGCUCCUUAACUGUGUUUCUCUCCCCCAAACAUUGCACUUUACACAAAGGAAGGGAAGGGCUAUUGUUUUGCUUGUUAUUUUAGCACUGCUCCAAGAGCGACGGAUUCCCCUGCUGCUUUGUCCCCAUUUCCCCUCACGUUCUGUGUGCCCCACAGGAUGUCACACACGAUUCACCUACUUGAAAGUUUGAAGUGGAGUCUCCGUCUUAUUCACAACAAGCCUCUUGCUGCCCUGCCAGAUUUGCUAAUUGUUGCCAGUAUAUUAUAUUAAGGGGGGAAAGAAAUGAAAACUUCUUUAUGGAUGUGACUAAAUUUUCCAUAGUCAAAUCUCAAUUACACAGGUCAAACAGAAUUGUCUUCUGAAAAUAUUAAUUAGAUGAAGGUGAUGAAGAUGCUUUCAAGCAAUCAAAACAAUUCACUUUGUAACUGUAAUCCUCACCAGGCUUGAAAGGAAGGGAAGGGAAUGGUUAAAAUCUGGCCCUUCAAAUGUUGCUGAACUGAACUCCAGCUCCCAUCAGCCUCAGACAGAAUGUCCCAAUGUUCAGCAACAUUUGGAGGGACACAGACACGAUAAAUUGAUAUUACUGUCCUUUCUAUUGCAGAUGGAGGCAGCAUAUCUGAAGCUGCAACAAAGUGGUUUGCCCUGAGGCCACCUACUGAAUUCACAGCAGAGGCAAGAUUCAAACCAGAGACUUCCUUAUUUGUAGCCCAGUAUCUUAGCAGACAAGCCACACCAGCUUUCAUUGAUUGUAUGCUGCUGUUGUAAAGCAAUAUUUACUAACACGAAAAAAGUGAAGUGGUACGGACUACCUGGCCAAAAAAGCCAUCCAAUUUUUUACAGAGACAAAACGCUUUGCACCUCUGAAUUUUCUUGCCUGCCGCCUCUAUUGGGUCCUGUCAGAGGUAUAAGGUUUUGUUAUAAAAGUCUCAUGAUGGUACUUCAUUGUAGUUCCAUCUGCCUUGCUCAUUUAGCCCUAGCCUCACCCAUAUCGUUGGACAGCCCCUUUCCUUAAAGAAACAGACAAUUUAACUCUAAUAUACAGUGGUAC